AUGGCGUCUGGGCCGGACGAGAGGCUCAGCUUCUUGGAGAGCUUUGCCACGGUGCUGCUGCGGGUCCGGGCAGAUAAGUGGAGCGAGUUUAUGGACAACAUUGAGGCCAUGGCCGAGCUGGACAGGUUCUUCAAGCAGCGGAGUGAGGAGCAGCUGGUGCUGAGGCUGGACCCCUCCGGGAAGCUCCUGUUAACUACCGACUUCCCGGACACCCUCAAGGGCAAGGGCAUCUGCUUUGUGAAGAAGAAGGAGGAGGAGAUCACCCAGGAAAACUGCCGGAGCAUGCUGAUGGUGGGGGACUUCGACUCCUCACCGCUGGAACAUCUCAACAUCGUGUUAGAGGAGGUCAUCUUCCCCCAGCUCCGGAGCGAGGACAACGUGGAGGACUGGCCCAGGGUGGUGGUGGAGGACAUGGUGCAACGAGCCCAGUGGCUAAAGAAUGAGAUGUUUGUGAUGGGAGGGAAAACGCAGUGGCUCCCCUUGCCGGAGAGUCUGGACCAGGAUUGCUGGGCCAUAACCUCUCUGCCCUUCAGCUCAACAGGGCCUGUGGACGGUUCGGUGCUACACACCAUGGAGACCAUUGUUAUUGAGUGGUCUCACCAGAUCAGGGACAUCCUGAGCAAGGACUCAGAGCAGCUGCUGCUGGAGGGGCUGCACCCCCUGCCCAGGACUGAGUUUGAGUUCUGGCAGACCAGGAAGGUCAACCUGCAGUGCAUGAAAGACCAGCUGCUCUUGCCCCGAGUGACAGCGCUGGCCAAGAUGUUGGAGAAGGCUGACAGCUGCUACUGGCCCGAGCUCCAGAGGAUAUUCAGGGAUGUUGAUGCCGGCCUGGAGGAAGCCAAGGACAUCUGCCUCCACCUGCAGCCGCUUCAGAUCUUGCUGGGAGAGGUGGAACAAGUGGAUUACUCUGAGCUGCAGCCCUUCCUGGAGGAGACACUGUGCACCAUCCGCCUCCUCGCCACUCACUGCCAGCACUACAGCUCUCCUGCCCGCAUCCUCGUCAUCCUGCAGGAGAUUGGCAACCUCCUGAUUGAGAUGACCCGUGCCUUCCUGAGCACCAAGGACAUGAUGAAUCUGCAAGGAGAAAUUGACGAGACCCUCGAGGGAAUCAAACUGGCCAUUUCCACCAUAGAGAAGCUUCUUGAGUCCUACAGCACUUACUGCUCCAAUCUUAUGUCCACGCUGUUCCCGGAGGAACCACAGAUCUCUGAGAUCCCCCCAGCCCUCGCCUUUUGGAGAGUGGACUUGUUCUUGCGCAGACUCAGAGUGAUUGAGGAGAUCUAUGAGACAGCAAUGGAGUUUCAGAAGCUGGAAAAGGCAGAGUUGGGAGGAGUAAGAGGAAACAUCCUUGGGAGCCAAGUGUUUCAGGUCUACGAAGAGGUCUCUCAACUCAUUGCAGGUUUUGGUGACUGCAAAUACGAUCCCUUAGACCCCGCAGAAGAGCAAUUGAACAAAGACUUUGCAGAGUUCCAGAAGAAGAUGCAGGACAUGGACAGGUGGCUGGCCACCAUCUUCUCCCAGGGUUUUCAUAGCUGCAGCUGCCUGGUAGCUGCUCUGGAGCUGGUGCACAUGUUUGGCUCCCUGCUGGAGCGACCUUUGGUGAAGGCUGAGAUUUCCUCCUGCUACUCAGCCAUGCUGGGAAUGUUCAGCACUGAGCUGGAGAAAGCAGAGGUGCUGUACGAUGCUCAGACACAGUGCAAGGAGGGCCUGACCACCAGCAAAAACAUGCCACCGGUGGCUGGGCGGCUGCAGUGGGCUCUGGAUCUGCAGCACCAGCUGCAGGUGCACAAGGACUUGUUCGCCAUCAACCACCCGGUCAUGGUCAGUGAUGAAGCAAAACUGGUGUCCAAAAAGUACGAGGAGAUGAUGGAGCUGCUGCAAGGUUACCGUCAGGAGAUCUACGGGGCAUGGGCAGGUGGUGCUGGCAGGGACUGCUACUUCAGCUUGGAGCAGCCCCUCAUACGCAGGGACCCCAAAUCCUCCCUCCUCGGCGUCAACUUCAGCAAACAGCUUGUGGCCGUUCUGCGGGAGGUGAAGUACAUGAACUUCCAGCAGCAGAAGGAUAUCCCCGACAGUGCUGAGAGCCUCUUUGCUCAAAAUGAGACUUUCCAAAACUUUGUGGACAACCUGAACCUCAUUGUUGGCUGGUACAAUAAGGUGAAGAAGAAGCUGCUGCCGGUGGAGCUGCCGCUGGUGGCCGGGGAACUGGAGGCUGUGGACAACCAACUGGCAUGUGCUGAGGAGAGCCUCUACUGGUGCCAUGAAGGCGUCAUGGAGUAUAUCCAAGAGAUGAGAGAUACCCUGGGCGACUUGCACAGCAGGGUCCAGAAAGCCAAGUCAAACGUGAAACACAUCACCCAGCUGAUGGAGAAAUGCACAGCUGCUCCCAUGUUUGAAAGGAAGGACAAGAAGGAGACAGCACUCUUGGACCUGGAUGGGAAGGCAAACAACUUAAAAACCCGCUAUUCAUCCAUCACAGCCGUGGGAGUAAAGAUCCACAAGAUGGUGAAUGAGAACGCAAGUCUCUUGCAGGCUGAUAUGUUAUCACAGAUAUGGCUGGACUAUGUGGAAUACUUGGAUGGCAUCGUGCUGGAUGCAUUCUUCAAACUCAUCCACAAAUCUCUGGAGCUGCUCCUCAACAACAUGUCCCCUAACGUGGCUGAGGCCCCAUUGUUUGAGGUGCGCAUGGAGCUGCGUGAUGGCAGAGUGCAGUUUCAGCCUUCACUGGAGGUGACAGAGGAUGACAGCUUCUUGAAGCUGAUUGAGAGCCUCUUCCACGAUACCUACAAGUCUGCAGCAUGCAUACCUCGGCUGCUGGAAGGGAAACUCAGCUACAAGACCACCCUAGAGGAACACGAGGAGCUGAGCAAGAUGCGGGAGAAGGUGGUGUCGCUGGUGGUCAGUGCCAUGGUGGACGGCAAGGAGUUCAGUGAUGACUUUGAGGAGCAAUCUGAGCUGUGGCUGCAGGAUCCUGAGGAGUUCCUGCAGCAAUUUCUCACCCUGGGCCAUGUCCCCAGCCCCGAGGAGCCGGAGCCACAGCCACAGCCACAGCCAGAGGAGGAGCCCCUGGCCCCUGGGACCCCAUCCCUUCAGCAAUUUCAGACAGAGAUUGACACAUACAUGGAAAUGGGCAAGGAGGUGUCGAGGUUCUCCAACACCAAGGUGUUUGGGGGCUGGCUGCGGAGCGACUGCCGCCCUUUCAAGCAGGCACUGUCAGCUGCCAUCAGGAACAGGGCCCUGGUGCUCCAGCAGUACCUCUUCAAUCAUGUCACCACCAGCCUCCAGGACCUGCAGAAUUUCAUCCAAGAGGCAAACGCUAGCUUCAGUAAACCUCUGGAGGAGGGAGACUGUGAUGGGCUGGUGGAGGUGAUGGGCUACCUGAACCAGGUCAAGGAGAGGCAGGAAAUGACUGAUACCAUGUUUGAGCCCCUGAAGGAGACGGUUGCCCUGCUCAGCACUUAUGGAGAGGAGAUGCCAGAGGAGAUCCACCAGCAGCUUCAUGACCUCCCUGAUCUCUGGGAUGGCACCAAGAAGCUCUCCCUGCAUGCCAAGAACACUGCAGCUCCCCUGAUAGCCAACGAGGUCAACACCAUCUGCAGGAAGUGCCAGGACUUUGAGCUCCAGCAGCACAUCUUCCGGGAGAAGUUCCGUGAAAAAGCCCCUUUUUCCUACAGUGACCCAGCUCCCUACAGGUCCUUGAACAAGCAACAAAAGCGCGUCACGGCCAUGGAAAAUGAGAUGUCCGCCCUGUCCACCUCAGCCGGGCUGUUUGAGGUGUCAGUCCCAGCAUACAAACAGCUCAAAGCAUGUCGUAGGGAUGUGCUCCUGCUGAAGACCCUCUGGGACAUGAUCGUCCUGGUUAAUGCAACCAUUGACGAUUGGAAGACCACCAAGUGGAAGGAUAUCAAUGUGGAGCAGAUGGAUAUUGAUUGUAAAUUUGCUAAAGAUAUUCGGAGCUUGGACAAAAAGAUGCAGAGCUGGGAUGCAUUCUCUGGACUGGACAGCACUGUGAAGAACAUGAUCACAUCCCUGCGCUCCGUGAAUGAGCUGCAGAACCCAGCCAUCAGGGACCGGCACUGGCAGGAGCUCAUGGAGGCAACCAAGGUGAACUUCACCAUGUCUGAGGACACAACCCUCGCGGAUCUGCUGCAGCUGAACCUGCACAACUUUGAGGAUGAGGUUCGUGACAUCGUGGACAAAGCCACAAAAGAGCUGGGGAUGGAGAAGGUGCUGAGCACCCUGGACACCACCUGGGAGACAAUGCAGUUUGAGUACGAGACCCACACCAGGACAGGCAUCAUGCUCCUCAAGUCGGACGAGACGCUCAUCGAGACCUUGGAGGAAAACCAAGUGCAGCUGCAGAACCUGAUGACCUCCAAGUACCUGUCCUUCUUCCUUCAGGAGGUGUCAAGCUGGCAGCAGAAGCUGUCUACCACCGACUCUGUUAUCAGCAUCUGGUUUGAGGUGCAGAGGACAUGGAGUCACCUGGAAAGCAUCUUCAUUGGCUCUGAAGACAUCCGCAAUCAGCUGCCAGAGGAAUCAAAGAAGUUUGAUGCUAUCGAUCAAGAUUUCAAAGAAUUAAUGUCUGAUAUGGUAGAAACUCCCAAUGUGGUUGAGGCUACGAACAAGCCUGGUCUGUAUGACAAGCUGGAAGCACUGCAGAGCAGACUGGCAGUCUGUGAGAAGGCUUUGGCUGAAUACCUCGAGACCAAAAGGCUGGCCUUUCCCAGGUUCUACUUUGUUUCCUCUGCAGACCUGCUUGAUAUUUUAUCAAAUGGGAAUGAGCCAGUUGAGGUGUCCCGUCACCUGCCCAAGCUGUUUGACAGCCUGGCCAGACUGGAAUUCAAGAUGAGCCGGGACAAAAAGCCCCUGAAGGUUGCCCUGGGGAUGUUCAGUAGUGACGAGGAAUACGUGGCCCUGGACAGAGACUGUGACUUGUCUGGCCAGGUCGAGGUUUGGCUGAACCGUGUGCUGGGCUGCAUGCGCUCCACCCUGCGGCACCUCAUCCCCGAGGCUGUGGGCACCUACGAGGAGAAGCCACGGGAGCAGUGGGUGUUUGACUACCCGGCACAGGUGGCUCUAACAUGCUCCCAGAUCUGGUGGACCACAGAAGUGGGCAUUGCCUUCUCAAGGCUGGAGGAGGGCUAUGAGAAUGCACUGAAGGAUUACAACAAAAAGCAGAUUAAUCAGCUAAAUGCACUAAUUUCACUGCUCAUUGGGACCCUGACUCCUGGCGACAGGAUGAAGAUCAUGACAAUCUGUACCAUUGAUGUACACGCCAGGGACGUUGUGGCCAAAAUGAUCCUUGCAAAGGUGGAGAGCGCCCAGGCCUUCACCUGGCAGUCCCAGCUCCGGCACCGCUGGGACGAGGAGAAGCAGCACUGCUAUGCCAACAUCUGUGAUGCUCAGCUCCAGUACUCGUACGAGUACCUGGGGAACACCCCCCGCCUCGUCAUCACCCCCCUGACUGACCGGUGCUACAUCACCCUGACACAGUCCCUCCACCUCUACAUGGGAGGGGCCCCCGCCGGCCCCGCGGGCACCGGGAAGACGGAGACCACCAAGGACCUGGGCCGGGCAGUGGGAAUAAUGGUCUAUGUCUUCAACUGCUCUGAGCAGAUGGACUACAAGUCCUGUGGCAACAUCUACAAGGGCCUUGCUCAGACCGGUGCCUGGGGCUGUUUUGAUGAAUUCAAUCGCAUCGCAGUGGAGGUUUUGUCUGUGAUUGCUGUGCAGGUGAAAAGUAUUCAAGAUGCAAUUCGUGCCAAGAAGGAAAGAUUUAAUUUCCUUGGAGAGGAGAUCGUUCUGGUCCCAUCAGUUGGGCUCUUCAUUACCAUGAACCCGGGCUAUGCCGGGCGGACAGAGCUGCCUGAGAAUCUGAAAGCUCUGUUCAGACCUUGUGCCAUGGUGGUCCCUGAUUUUGAACUGAUCUGUGAAAUCAUGCUUGUCGCAGAAGGUUUUCUUGGUGCCAAGCUUCUAGCGAGGAAGUUCAUUACUUUGUACACACUCUGCAAAGAGCUACUGUCUAAACAGGACCACUAUGACUGGGGGCUGCGGGCUAUCAAGUCCGUACUGGUGGUAGCUGGCUCCCUGAAGAGAGGGGACCCUGACCGUGCUGAGGACCAAAUUCUGAUGAGAGCUUUACGAGACUUCAACAUUCCCAAGAUUGUGACAGAUGACUUGCCUGUCUUCAUGGGUCUGAUUGGAGACCUGUUCCCAGCCCUGGAUGUCCCCCGGAAGAGGGACCUCAACUUUGAGGAGAUCAUUCGUCAGUCGGUGCUGCAGCUGAAGCUGCAGGCAGAGGAGAGCUUCGUGCUGAAGGUGGUGCAGCUGGAGGAGCUGCUGCAAGUGAGACAUUCCGUCUUCAUCGUCGGCAAUGCUGGCUGUGGCAAGUCUCAGGUGCUGAGGUCACUCAACAAGACGUACAUAAACAUGAAGAAGAGGCCCGUCACUGUGGACCUUGACCCAAAGGCUGUGACCUGUGAUGAGCUCUUUGGAGUUAUUCAUCCAUCCACACGAGAGUGGAGGGAUGGUCUGUUUUCUACAGCGAUGCGUGAUCUGGCCAACAUCACACAUAAGGGGCCCAAGUGGAUCAUCCUGGAUGGAGACAUUGACCCUAUGUGGAUCGAGUCCCUGAACACGGUCAUGGAUGACAAUAAGGUUCUCACCUUGGCCAGCAACGAGCGCAUCCCCCUCAACCCCACCAUGCGGCUCCUCUUUGAGAUCAGCCACCUGCGGACUGCCACGCCGGCCACUGUGUCCCGGGCAGGGAUCCUCUACAUCAACCCCUCGGACCUGGGCUGGAACCCCAUUGUGACCAGCUGGAUCGAGAAGAGGACAGUGCAGUCCGAGAAGGCCCAUCUGACCAUCCUGUUUGAGAGCUACCUGCCAGUGUGCCUGGAGAAGGUCAAGUCUGGGUUCAAGAAAAUCACUCCAGUCCCUGAGGUGACGGUGGUACAGACAGUGCUGUACUUGCUGGAGUGCCUCCUGACACCCCAGACCGUCCCACCAGACUCUCCCCGGGAGCUCUAUGAACUCUACUUUGUCUUUGCCUGCACCUGGGCCUUCGGUGGGGCCAUGUUCCAGGACCAGCUCAUGGAUUACCGCCUGGAGUUCAGCAAGUGGUGGGUGGGCGAGUUCAAAAACGUCAAGUUUCCUGCUCAGGGGACAGUUUUUGACUAUUACAUUGACCCAGAAACGAAGAAAUUCAUGCCCUGGACUGAAAAAGUGCCAAAAUUCGAACUCGAUCCUGAUGUCCCUUUACAGGCCUCCAUGGUGCACACGAUGGAGACCAUUCGUAUCCGAUACUUCAUGGACCUGCUGAUGGAGAAGCAGAGGCCCGUGAUGCUGGUGGGGAACACGGGGACGGGAAAAUCUGUCUUGAUGCGGGACAAGCUGGAAGCGCUCAGCACGGAUGAAUACCUCCUGCAGUUCGUGCCCUUUAACUUCUACACCACCUCAGCCAUGUUGCAGGCUGUCCUCGAGAAGCCCCUGGAGAAGAAAUCGGGGAGGAACUACGGCCCGCCCGGGAACAAGAGGCUGAUCUACUUCAUUGAUGACAUGAACAUGCCAGAGGUGGACAAGUACGGCACUGUGGCACCACAUACGCUCAUCCGGCAGCACAUGGACCACGGGCACUGGUACGACAGGAACAAGCUGACCCUGAAGGACAUCCACAACUGCCAGUACGUGGCCUGCAUGAACCCCACCGCAGGGUCUUUCACCAUUGACCCCAGGCUGCAGCGCCACUUCUGUGUGUUUGCCAUGAGCUUCCCAGGCCAGGAGGCCCUGCAGAGGGUGUACAGCACCAUCCUGGCCCAGCACCUGGACCUGCAGAAGAUGCCAGCGCCUGUGCAGAAGCUGCAGCCCCAGCUGAUUGCAGCAGCACUGGCCCUCCACCAGAAGGUUGCCUCCACCUUCUUGCCAACAGCCAUCAAGUUCCACUACCUCUUCAACCUCCGGGACCUCUCCAACAUAUUCCAGGGCCUGUUGUUCUCCACCCCUGAAUGCCUGAAAACUCCCGUGGACUUGGUGCGUCUCUGGCUCCAUGAAGCUGAGAGGGUGUAUGGGGAUAAGCUCAUCGAUGAAAACGAUCAAAACAGCUUUGUGAAGAUUCUGGUGGACACCUGCAAAAAGUUCUUUGCUGAACUCGGCGAAGACCUGAUCUUUGCCAAGCCAAACAUCUACUGCCACUUCGCCCAUGGCAUAGGGGACCCCAAGUACCUGCCAGUGCCAAGCUGGCCAGCCCUGAACAAGCUGCUGGGGGAAGCCUUGGACGGCUACAAUGAAAUGAAUGCAGCCAUGAACCUGGUGCUCUUCGAAGAUGCAGUGUCUCAUGUUUGCAGAAUUAAUCGGAUCUUGGAGUCUCCACGGGGCAACGCGCUGCUGGUGGGGGUGGGUGGCAGUGGGAAGCAGAGCUUGGCACGGCUGGCAGCCUUCAUCAGCAGCCUGAACGUGUUUCAGAUUACGCUGAGGAAAGGCUACAGCAUUCCAGACCUGAAGCUGGACCUUGCCUCCCAGUACAUGAAGGCAGCUGUGAAGAACAUCCCCACCGUGUUCCUGAUGACGGACUCCCAGGUGGCUGAAGAAUCAUUCCUGGUCAUAAUCAACGACUUCUUGGCAUCUGGGGAGGUGCCAGGGCUUUUUCAGGAUGAUGAGCUGGAAGACAUUAUCAGUGCCAUGAGGCCCCAAGUGAAGUUCCUUGGAUUGCCAGAUACAAGAGAAAACUGCUGGAAAUUAUUUAUAGAAAAAGUCAGGCGUCAGCUCAAGGUCAUCCUCUGCUUCUCCCCCGUGGGCUCAACCCUGCGGGUACGGGCGAGGAGGUUCCCUGCCGUGGUCAACUGCACAGCCAUCGAUUGGUUCCACGAGUGGCCAGAGGAUGCACUCGUGUCUGUUAGCAGCAGGUUCCUGGAGGAAACAGCAGACAUUGAGCCCGAGGUCAAGGUCUCCAUCAGCAAAUUCAUGUCCUACGUUCAUAUGAGUGUUAAGGAGAUGUCCAAGACUUACCUGGCUGUGGAGAGACGCUACAAUUACACCACACCAAAGACCUUCCUGGAGCAGAUAAAGCUCUACCAAAAUCUGCUGUUGCAAAAACGGAACGAGCUCACUGCCAAGAUUGAGAGGCUGGAGAAGGGGCUGACGAAGCUGCAGAGCACAACAUCACAGGUGGAUGAUCUGAAGGCCAAGCUGGCAAUCCAGGAGGUAGAACUGAAGCAGAAGAAUGAGGAUGCAGAUAAACUGAUCCAUGUGGUGGGUGUUGAGACAGAGAAGGUCAGCAAGGAGAAAGCCAUUGCUGAUGAAGAGGAGCUGAAGGUCCAGGCCAUCAACAAGAUGGUGACUGAGAAGCAGCAAGCCUGCGAGACCGACCUGGCAAAAGCUGAGCCAGCACUCGUAGCUGCCCAGGAAGCCCUUGACACACUCAACAAGAAAAACCUGACGGAGCUGAAGUCCUUUGGGUCCCCUCCUGAAACAGUGGUGAAUGUGACUGCUGCUGUGAUGGUCCUCACGGCCCCCAAGGGCAUCAUCCCGAAGGACAGGAGCUGGAAGGCAGCAAAAGUCAUGAUGGGGAAAGUAGACAGUUUCCUUGAUGCCUUGAAGAACUUUGACAAGGAGCACAUCCCUGAGGCUUGCCUCAAGGCCUUCCAACCCUACCAGUCAGACCCCAGUUUUAAUCCUGAGUUUAUCAAGACCCAGUCUGCAGCUGCUGCAGGACUUUGCUCCUGGUGCCUCAACAUCGUCCGCUUCUACGAGGUGUACUGCGACGUGGAGCCCAAGAGGCUGGCGCUGGAGGAGGCCAACGCUGAGCUGGCAGAGGCACAAGAAAAACUCAGUCAGAUUAAGCAGAAAGUUGCUGACCUGAACACCAACCUGGCAGCUCUCACUGCGGAAUUUGAGAAAGCUACAUCUGAAAAACUCAAAUGUCAGCAGGAGGCAGAUGCAACCAACAGAGUCAUCACUCUGGCAAACAGGCUCAUUGGGGGUCUGGCGUCCGAAAACGUCCGCUGGGCUGAGUCGGUGGAGAUGUUCAGAGAGCAGGAGAAGACACUGUGUGGGGAUGUGCUGCUGGUCUGUGCCUUCGUGUCCUAUGUUGGCUACUUUACCAAGAAGUACCGGGUGGAGCUGCUGGAGAAGUUCUGGGUCCCCUUCCUUGGCCAGCUGGAAGUGCCCAUCCCCAUCACGCCGGAGCUGGACCCCCUCAGCCUCCUCACCGAUGAUGCCGACGUGGCUGCCUGGAGUAACCAGGGUCUGCCCAGCGACCGCACCUCCAUCGAGAAUGCCACCAUCCUCUGCAACACCCAGCGCUGGCCCCUGGUGGUAGACGCCCAGCUCCAGGGCAUCAAGUGGAUCAAGAACAAAUACGGGAAGGAGCUGCAGGCCAUCCGCCUGGGCCAGAAGGGCUACCUGGACAUCAUUGAGCGGGCGGUUUCUGAUGGACAGACACUACUGAUAGAGGAUGUUGGUGAGACAGUGGAGCCAGUGCUGGAUCACUUGCUGGGCAGGAACACCACCAAGAAGGGCAGGUACAUCAGGAUAGGAGAUAAAGAAGUGGAAUAUAACCCACGCUUCCUCCUGAUCCUGCACACCAAAUACUCCAACCCUCAUUACAAGCCAGAGGUGCAGGCUCAGUGCACGCUGAUCAAUUUCUUGGUGACCCGGGAGGGACUGGAGGACCAGCUCCUGGCUGCUGUGGUGGCCAAAGAGCGGCCAGACCUGGAGACCCUGAAGGCAAACCUCACCAAGAGCCAGAAUGAGUUCAAGAUUCACCUGAAGGAGCUGGAGGACUCCCUGCUUGCUCGGCUGUCUGCUGCUGGGGGCAGUUUCCUGGAGGACACAGCACUGGUGGAGAACCUGGAAACCACGAAGCGCACAGCCAUAGAAAUUGAGGAAAAAGUGAAAGAAGCUAAAGUCACCGAAGGUGAAAUAAACAUUGCCAGAGAAAACUACCGGCCAGCGGCAGAGCGAGCGUCCCUGCUGUACUUCAUCUUGAGUGACCUCAACAAGAUUGACCCCAUCUACCAGUUCUCUCUCAAGGCGUUCAACGGGGUCUUUGAGACAGCCAUCCAGCGCACAACCCCCGACGAUGACAUCAAGCAAAGGGUGAUCAACCUGACAGAUGAGAUCACCUACUCGGUCUAUAUGUACACCACACGGGGCCUCUUUGAGAGAGACAAACUCAUUUUCAUUGCCCAAGUUGUCUUCCAGGUCCUGGCAAUCAAGAAAGAAGUGGACCCGGUGGAGCUGGACUUUCUUCUGCGCUUCCCAUCCAAGUCCGGCGUCACAUCCCCCGUGGACUUCCUGCAGUCCCAGGGCUGGGGAGCCAUCCAGGUGCUCUCAGAAAUGGAUGAGUUCAAGAAUUUGGAUGGUGACAUUGAGGGCUCAGCAAAGAGAUGGAAAAAGUUUGUGGAGUCUGAGGUGCCAGAGAAGGAGGUGUUCCCCAAAGAAUGGAAGAACAAGACUGCCCUGCAGAAGCUGUGCAUGCUGCGGUGCAUGCGGCCGGACAGGAUGACCUAUGCCAUCAGGAACUUUGUGGAAGAGAAAAUGGGGAGCAAGUAUGUGGAAGGAAGGAGCAUUGAUCUCUCUGAAGUGUACAAGGAGAGCAGCCCCUCCAUACCCAUGUUCUUCAUUCUCUCCCCUGGUGUUGACCCGCUAAAAGAUGUGGAGGCCCUGGGCAGAAAGCUGAACUUCACCAUCGACAAUGGGAAGAUCCACAACGUGUCACUGGGACAGGGCCAGGAGGUUGUGGCAGAACGGGCCCUGGAGCUGGCAGCCAGGAAGGGGCACUGGGUUAUCCUGCAGAACAUCCACCUGGUGGCCCGGUGGCUGCCAAAGCUGGAGAAGACACUGGAGCAGCACAGCUUGGGCAGCCAUGCUGACUACCGGGUUUUCAUGAGCGCCGAGCCAGCCCCCAGCCCCGACUCACACAUCAUCCCCCAGGGACUGCUGGAAGACUCCAUCAAAAUCACCAACGAGCCACCAACGGGCAUGUAUGCCAACCUACACAAAGCCCUCGACCUCUUCAACCAGGACACAUUAGAGAUGUGCACCAAGGAACAGGAGUUCAAAUGCAUUUUGUUUGCUCUCUGCUACUUCCACGCGGUGGUGGCCGAGCGGCGCAAGUUUGGCACUCAGGGCUGGAACAGGCCCUACCCCUUCAACAACGGUGACCUGACCAUAUCUGUUAAUGUCCUGUACAACUACCUGGAGGCUAACCCCAUGGUCCCAUGGGACGAUCUCCGGUACCUCUUUGGUGAAAUCAUGUAUGGGGGACACAUCACAGACGACUGGGACCGCCGGCUGUGUCGGACAUACCUGGGAGAAUACAUCCGUGAGGAGAUGCUGGAAGGGGAACUGCACUUAGCUCCAGGAUUUUUGAUACCUCCCAGCUUGGAUUACAAGGGGUACCACACGUACAUCGAGGAGAACCUGCCAGCAGAGAGCCCCCACCUCUACGGCCUGCACCCCAACGCAGAGAUCGGCUUCCUCACCCUCACCUCUGACAGGCUUUUUCAGACAGUUUUGGAAAUGCAGCCCAGGGAAUCAGAUGCUGCAGGAGGCUCGAGUGUCUCCCGAGAGGAAAAGGUGAAGUCAAUCCUAGAUGACGUUCUUGAGAGGCUGCCAGAGCCAUUCAAUAUGGUGGAGCUGAUGUCAAAAGCAGAGGAAAAGACCCCCUACGUUGUAGUUGCCCUGCAGGAAUGUGACAGAAUGAACAUCCUGACCCAAGAAAUCAGGCGCUCUCUGAAAGAAUUGGACUUGGGACUAAAGGGUGAGCUAACAAUUACAUCAGAUAUGGAAGAGCUGGCAAACGCCCUCUUCUACAACAAUGUUCCUGAGUCCUGGACACGCUAUGCCUACCCCUCUCUCCUUGGCUUAGCAGCCUGGUAUGCAGAUCUGCUCCUUCGGAUCAGGGAACUGGAUGUCUGGACAACAGACUUUGUGCUGCCUGCCUCAGUGUGGCUGGCAGGAUUCUUCAAUCCCCAGUCCUUCCUCACAGCCAUCAUGCAGUCCAUGGCCAGAAAAAAUGAAUGGCCACUGGACAAGAUGUGUCUGGCAGUGGAAGUGACCAAGAAAAGCCGUGAGGAAAUAACAGCUCCACCCAGAGAAGGAUCCUAUGUGCAUGGAUUAUUCAUGGAAGGUGCUCGCUGGGAUGUCCCCUCGGGGGUGAUCGCAGACGCGCGGCUGAAGGAGCUGACGCCCCCGAUGCCGGUGAUCGUCGUCAGAGCCAUCCCCGUGGACCGCCUGGACACCAAGAAUGUCUAUGAAUGUCCUGUCUAUAAGACACGGAUGCGAGGUCCCACCUACGUCUGGACCUUCAACCUAAAGACAAAAGAAAAAGCUGCUAAGUGGGUCCUUGCUGGGGUUGCUCUGCUGUUACAGGUCUAA